GCGCGCCGCCGCCAUCGUUCAUUUACAACCACCUGCUCGACGGGGUAGCAUCGUCUCGUCUCGUCUCGUCUCGUCUCGUUCUUGUCUCUGUGUCAUCCCUUAUUCGCGACCGCAAAUAGGCAAAAGCGUGAACUGUUUUCUUUCUUUGGGAAUCAUCCUCGCAACAGCGAAGCACGUCAACAACCAUCGCGACAGAAUGAGAACCAAAUUUCGCGCGACUUCCGGUCCCGUUUUCUCGCUCUACCUCUCGAUCGUUCUGCUCGUGGUUCUGAUUUCCGUCAGUGACAAGGCGCACGCCAAACCGCGAGAAGAAAGAAGUUCUGGCCAGAUAAGGACUAAUAACUACGUUCGCAAAGGUGGUUGUGCGUCAUUUGGACAUUCCUGCUUCGGCGGUCAUGGAAAGAGAUUCGACUCGAGCAUACAACAUAACACACUGCAAGAAAGUAUUGGCCAGAAUCAAGAAUCUGAAGUACCGUCACCGAACGAUGAACUAUUCUACAUUCUUCCGAACGAUGAAUUCCGGGAACGAUCGGACAAGUUGCCUUUCAUACGGACUCGCAAAGACACUCAACAAUUCGACCUUUAUCCCCUGUCAUCUUUCGUCAAUCAAUGGAUAGCAUCUCAUCGUCGCCCGCAUCGCAUAGAUACGGAUAUCACUAAUAAAUAAAGAAAGUGCACAAGCGAGUUAUCUAUAUAUAUGUGAAGAUUAAGCAGUUUCGUAUCGCGCAUAUAUGUAUAUUUAGAAAAAAUUGAUUAUGUUAUUUAGAUUAUUUAACGAUAAAUUCUAUCGUUUCAUAUUAUUAUUGUGUAUACUUCUUCGUAAUUUGACAGAAUCACGUUUCCUAUUUAAUAUCUAUAUGUACUUAAAUUAUUAGGAUUAUUUUUAUCUUAUAGAUAUUUUUAUUU